UCCAACAAUGGAUACAAACUUAGCGACUCUCGUAAUAUUCUUUCUUUUAAUAGUACUUAGUGUACUCAUACCCACUGUUUUCCCCGGCUGUCAACUCAGCCCAAGGGUCAGAUGGGACCGCCAAAACGGAGUCGCUCUUGAAGCGGGAUUUAUCGGGACCGGUUUGAGAUCGGCAUGCGAUACAAAAAUCUUCCAUUGGGGGACACAUAUGAUGAUGGACACCGCACAUUUUUUCUUAUGAUAUCAUUUUUCGGUGCCAUGAAUUAAGCAUAGGCCUUCAAUAUCACUUCAUGUUACAUGAAAUCAUGUAAUCAAUAAGCACUAUGCUCUAAGCUUUUAUUUCGCGAAA